GGGAUCAUAACAGUUUCUACAUUAGCUGAAAAAACAUUACCGGAACAAAAUGCAAAGGAUUGGAGUAGCUUUGGCCCUUCUGGCUUGUGGACUGGCUCUUGUCGAGGCCCAGGAAUGCCUGGUUUGCCAAACGGAUAACGAUGUCUACUGUUACAAUCAGACAUCCUAUCAGUUCUGUAGUGGAUCCAAUCUCUUUGGAACCAUACAAAAUUGUCCAACUGGCAGCGUGUGCUCUAAUUCCGACGACGUGUGUGUGGCAACUUCGGCAAUCAGUGAUACUGUCCUGGAUGUAUGUGGAUCAUCCGGUGGAAAUGGUGCAGACUGCGGCGAUUGCUCGGGAGGAUCCAAGUACGUUUGCGUCAGCCAGACCCAGUUUGCCCGAUGCGUCAGUUCAGCGGUCUCCGCUGUCUUUGACUGUGCCACCGAUGAGAUCUGUUCCUACAGUCAAUACCAGAAUGGAUACGAUAUUUGUGUGCCCUCCUGUGCCGCUGAUUAUUUGAAACUUGAUGCCACGUGCAGCAACAGCGAGUAUACAACUACUACCACCACGGCGGCACCUGCCACCACACCUAGUGCCACGGAACUGGCAACUGCUUGUACCAAUGCCGUGCCCAGCUCCAAUCCCAGCUACUUCUAUACCAGGAACUACGACGACGCCAACUGCCAUACUUAUAUUUACUGCCAGAGAAGUGGAACCGAUUCCUGGGUGUCGGUCUUCUUGACUUGCAAGUCCAACCGCUACUACGAUUCCACCACCAACACAUGCGUUGCAACCUGGCCGGCCAGUUGCUCGGCUACAACAACGUCUUCUUCGUCCAGUUCCACUGAAGCAUCCUCGUCUAGUUCUACUGAAGCAUCUUCGUCCAGUUCCACUGAAGCAUCUUCGUCUAGUUCCACUGAAGCAUCUUCGUCCAGUUCCACCGAAGCAUCUUCGUCCAGUUCCACUGAAGCAUCUUCGUCCAGUUCCACUGAAGCAUCUUCGUCCAGUUCCACUGAAGCAUCUUCGUCUUCUUCAACGGAUGAUUCGAGUUCCUCCAGUGAUUCAUCUUCAUCCAGCGAGAGCUCUUCUACGGAAAGUUCUUCCAGUGCCGCUACUUCCGAGUCUUCCACAUCGGAUGCUUCUAGUUCUUCCAGUGAUUCUUCUUAAUCCGGGGAGAACUCUUCACAAUAAUCAGUUUCAGAAGACAUCCCUAGAAAGAUCAAUAUAAGUUAAUCACUUUCUACAAAAAGCUCUUAUUAGUCCAAUACUAUUAUAUUUCUUGGUAAUAAAUAAACAUUUUAA